UUGAUAAAACGUUCUCGACUUGUUUAGAAGACAAGUAAUUCAUACUUAGUGUGACGUACGUCGGUUAUACGACUACUUAAAUACUGAAUCUCAUUAAUAGACAACCAAGGAAUCUCCAUUGCUCCUAAAAAAAUGUAUCCAUUCGGUUCUGGAAUGCCAUAUUCAUCGCACCCUCCUCCACCACCUUCCAAUGAGCAGCGACCAAAUGCACCCUUUGGAGCUGGUUGGUCAGCACCGAUGCAGCAAAACGCCAAUCCCACGCAUUCCUCCUCACCAUACCCACCCAGUGGACAGCCGCAUAAUCCACACUAUCCCCAACAACAUGGUGGUGGUGGCGGCGCUCCUUAUGCAUCACAAUCGGCUCCAUAUCCUUCGAAUUCUUCGCCCUAUUCACCAACAUCUUCACCCUAUCCACCAACAUCUUCAGCCUAUCCACCAACAUCUUCAGCGUAUCCACCAACAAAUUCACCCUAUCCACCAACAUCUUCACCUUAUCCACUAACUUCUUCACCUUAUCCACCAACAUCUUCACCCUAUCCCUCUGCAUCCAAUCCUCAACAACAAUAUGGUGUGCCUGGUGCUCCUUAUAACCAUCAUCCGCAUGGUAACUCUUUUGUGCAACAAGCAUCCAAUAAUCCCUAUCCCUCUGACCGUGGAUUCACACCAGCCGUAACAGCCGGACAUGACAUAGGGAAUGGGCAAUGGCAGGGGCAUGGGCAUGGGCAAGGGCACAUGCAUCGGUCACUAACCGCUCGCAAAGAGGGAACUCCCACUGUUACCCCAGCUCAAGGAUUUGAUCCUGUUCGAGAUGCUCACGACUUGCGGAAGGCCAUGAAAGGUUUUGGCACUGAUGAGAAUGCAUUGAUUAAUAUUAUUUGCCGCCGCACCAAUGAACAGCGUCAGGAAAUUCAACGUCAGUAUAAGACACACUUUGGCAAGGACCUAAUCGAAGACAUCAAGUCAGAGACAAGUGGCAAUUUUGAGAAACUCCUGGUGGGUCUCCUACGCCCCAUUGUGGACUUUUACUGUGCUGAAUUGAAUGAUGCCAUGGCUGGCCUGGGCACCGAUGAGGAAGUUCUUAUCGAAAUACUGUGCACGCUCUCGAAUAUGGAAAUUCACACUAUCAAGAAUCAGUACUUACGCUUAUAUGGCGCACACUUGGAGUCGGAGCUGAAAUCAGAAACUUCGGGCAAUUUCAAGCGUCUGCUCACAUCUCUGUGCACGGCUGCAAGGGAUGAGAGUGGACGUAUUGAUCCGAAUGCGGCAAGAAACGAUGCCCGGGAACUUCUCAAGGCCGGCGAACUGCGCGUGGGUACAGAUGAGAGCAUGUUCAAUAUGAUUCUAUGCCAACGAAACUAUCAGCAAUUGCAAUUGAUAUUCCAAGAAUAUGAAAACAUGACUGGUCACUCUCUGGAGAAGGCAGUUAAAAAGGAAUUCUCUGGCGAUAUUAUGGAGGGUUUGAUCGCUAUCUACAAGUGUGUUACCAAUAAAGCUGAAUAUUUUGCAUCGCGUUUGCAUAAAUCGAUGGCUGGCAUUGGCACAAAUGAUACCCAAUUGAUACGUGUAAUCAUUACGCGAUCUGAGAUCGAUAUGCACGACAUUAAGGCGGCCUUUGAACGUUUGUAUGGCAAGUCAUUGAAGAGUUGGAUCAAGGGUGACACUUCAGGUCAUUAUAAACAUGCUCUCUAUGCCCUAGUUGGAGAACAGCGCUCAUCUUAACUUUACUUUUAAAUUAUGACAAACAAACUUUAUAAUAUUCAAAAGAUGUGUUUUUAUUGUCCUUAUCUAUUUUUGAAUGGCUUACAUACAUAUGUAUUGAUGUUGCACCUACCUACCUACAAAACAAAAAACAAAAAAAAUACACAGAAAAAUUAUGUACACAUGCCCACAAACAAUUUAAACCCAAGACAAAUGAAACAUUGUGCCGAAUGCAGACAAAACUGUCAAUGGAAUUGUUUAAGGACCAAAUGGUUACGACAAGUACUACAAGUACACUAUAAACAUACACACACACCACCACCAGGCAUACAUAUAUAUUUUAUAAUAUAUUGUUAUUUAAAUAAAAGUGAAAUCAAUCCUAUUGUCAGUUAAGUAA